AUAGGCGGAGCGCAGUGCUUGCGAUGUCAACAUCCUCACCAUCCCGGUGCCCAUGCGUCGCGGCGGCUCAGAGUCCAACCUGGACGUGGUGGACAGCGUCGGGGACGAUGGAGUCGGCCUGGAUUUCAGCAAGGGAGCGCUGGGUAUCGACAGCCUGCAGCAGAAGAUCCUCAAGGUGACAGAGAAGAUUAAGGUGGAGCAGACGGCCCGGGACCAGAAUGUGGCCGAGUACCUGAAGCUGGUGAACAACGCCGACAAGCAGCAGGUGUCUCGGAUACGUCAGGUGUUUGAGAAGAAGAACCAGAAGUCGGCGCACACCAUCGCCGGGCUGCAGAGGAAGCUGGAGCAGUACCACCGCCGCAUGAAGGACAGCGAGACCAACGGGAAGCACAGCCACAAAGACGGCAGCAGCAAGGAGUCCGGGACGCACAGCAAGGAGGGCAGCCUGAAGGACGUGAGCGCCACGGGGAGACACCCGGCCCUGGACAAAGUAAAGACCAUCGGACCCGGCGUCUCGCUCUCCCCGCCGUUCUUCUUCAACAAGUCGCGGGAGUUCGCCAACCUCAUCCGGAACAAGUUUGGCAGCGCCGACAACAUCGCCCACCUGAAGAGCUCCAUGGAGGCGGGGUCGGGGCUGCAGGCGGAGGGCGGGGGGAGGGGUCUGAGUGGGAGCGCCACGACCGUCGCCAAGGCGACCAAGUACCAGAGCGACGACGAGUGCUCCACGGGGACGUCGGCUUCCGCGGACUCUAACGGGAACUUGGCCGGGGGCUCGGGGGCGGGGUCCGGAGGGCCGGGGAGGUCGGAGUCCAACGGGAGGAUGGGCGAGGUGCUGGACAUGGUGCGGGACAUCAGGGAGGCUCAGGCUCAGCUGGCGGAGGACAUGGAGAGUUUGAGCACUCAGUUCAAACGGGACUACAGCUACUUCACCCAGGUGAUCCAGGAGGAGAGAUACAGGUAUGAGCGGCUGGAGGAUCAGUUAAAUGACCUGACGGAGCUGCACCAGCAUGAGACCAGUAACCUGAAGCAGGAGCUGGCCAGUAUUGAGGAAAAAGUGGCCUACCAGGCCUACGAGAGGGCCCGGGACAUCCAGGAGGUCCUGGAGUCGUGUCAGACCCGUGUGUCUAAGCUGGAGCUCCAGCAGCAGCAGCAGCAGACGGUCCAGGUGGAAAACACCGACGCCAAGGUGCUGCUAGGGAAAUGCAUCAACAUCAUGCUGGCCAUCGUCACGGUGAUCCUCGUGUGCGUCUCCACGGCGGCCAAGUUCACCGCCCCGCUGCUACGUAGCCGCCUCCACCUGGCGCUCACCUGCGUGGGCGUGUCCGUGCUGGCGCUGCUGUGGAAGAACUGGGAACAUUUACAGUGCGCUCUGGAACGACUCGUCCUCCCGCACUGAUCCAGGAGGCGGCGACGAGACCUUUAGGUGAUCCAGGUGGUCCGCGAGGUUUGUCGUCAUGGCGACACAAAAACUGGGGAGUUUACAUGUAGCCUUACACCAGCCUCCUGCCCCCCCCCCCGAUGAUUUUAGGCCCCCGUGGUGACUGAUUUACGGCUCUGCAUGUCUAAAAGGAGUUCACACAAAUCCACAAAGCCUUUUUCCCAGAACGCACCGCCGCAGUGACUCCAACACACACGUCAGCUGAUAUCACAACUGAACAAACCUCGACAACAUGCUGUCUACAAAACAGUCAAAUAUAAAUAUCUAUGUUUAUGGCAUGACGCAGCCGUAAAAGAGUAUCACUACAGUCCAAAGUAUCGGAGAGAGAGAUCGCACGGCUGCAUUAUUAUCGGCUUUUGGACUCAUUCGAGGAUUCUGACUGCUGAAAUCUAAAUAUAGAGGAGUGGGCAUGACAAAAAAACAUGGAUUAUUUCCUGUCCUUAAAGGGAAGCGUGUGUGUUACAGCAACACCUCUAAAACAAACAAACAAUAGAUGAGUCCUGAACCUGCACAGUUUGCCUCCUCCGACAGCAAAGCCAGCUGUGUCGACACAAAGACACGUCCACCCUGAAGGUCGAUUUGUACUGUUUGUGUUCUGUUGUUGAAUUGUGAACGUUUUUUUUGUCUCAUUCAAAAAGGAAGAUUUUUGAAGCUGUUGUUUUCAAACUGUCGGUGUGUCUGUUUUGUGUUGUGCGCCUGCUUUGUGUGUGUCUUUCACUGUGAAGUCGUUUCAACAAAAGAGUUUCACAUUUUCUUGUGAAAUAUUUGCUUUCUUGAUCAGAGUAAAGCGACUUCCUGUAUGUUUUGUUUAAAGCUACAGCCAGGGGAUGAUUAGCCUAGCUUAGCAUAAAGACUGGAAACGAGGGGGAGGAAGCUACUAGCCUGAUUCCAUCUGUAAAAAGUCCAACUUCAAGAUCCUCAUACGACUCACCAUCCAGCAUUUUACAUGAACUGUUAAAUCUGUACAA